AUGGGGCCUGUGUACCUGCGACCUCCUCAGCUGCUGUGCCUCCUGGGGGCUGCCUCCUUUCUGCCUCCGACUGGAUCACUUUUGUGCUAUGAAGCAACAGCCUCCCUCUUCAGAGCUGUCACUUUGCACAACUGGCAGUGGCUUCUCAUGAGGAGCAUGGUGUGUCAAUUGAGAGAGGGCUGCGAGGAGACCAUCCUGCUUAUUGAGACAGAGACCGGUAGGGGAGUCGUGGGAUUUAAAGGCUGUGCCACAGCCUUAUCUCACCCUCCGCAAAUCUCCUACCUCAUCUCUCCGCCCGGAGUGUCCAUUGCCUCCUACAGCCACGUCUGCCGGACCUAUCUCUGCAACAACCUCACCAACCUGGAGCCUUUUGUGAAACUCAAGGCCAAUGCUCCUAAGUCUAUAGCGCCGUCUUCCCGCAGCUGUCCAACUUGCGUGGGCAGGCAUGACAAGGAAUGCCUUCCAAAUUCUGUCACCACUCACACUUGCCCCUUUACCGCUCCUACGUGUUACAGUUCCACCUUAAGUCUUCAGGCAGGGGCUCUCAAUACCUCCUUCCUCCUCAUGGGCUGUGCCCGAGAGCACCACAAGCUUUUAACAGAUUUUCAGCGUAUCGGGAGCAUCCAGGUGACUGAGAUCCUUAACAUCUUAGAGAAGUCCCAUGUUGCUGGUUCAGGACCUUCUGGUUCACGGCCUUCUUGGGGCAUCCUCUUAGUCCUCCUGCCUGCCUUCAGAACCUAA